AUGACUUCGUACGAACCAUACAUUGGAAAGCCGGUCACAGACCUCCCGACACCGGCUCUAGUCCUGAGCAAGCCGACCAUCGAGCGAAAUGUCAAGCAGCUUCUUCAAGAUGUGGAGAAGCUGGGAAUCGCAUUCCGGCCGCACGUCAAGACGCUCAAGUCUCUCGAAGUAACCAGGAUGAUGCUCGGUAACGGCCAGCACCGCCGCAUUGUCGCCUCCACGCUUCCCGAGAUCGAAGGCGCCAUUCCCCUUGCGAAAGAGGGGAUUCUCGAUGAGUGUCUCUACAGCAUGCCGAUAUACCCCACUGUCCUCCCUCGCCUUGUUAAAGUCUCUCAAUCCCUCAAAGUCCUCCUGAUGAUCGACAACGAGCAGCACAUCGACGUCCUAGAGAAGUUUACCGGGGCCUCAACACCAUGGCCUGUCUUCAUCAAAAUCGACGUCGGGACCCGCAGAGCCGGAAUCGUCAACUCCUCCUCGGCUCUCCCGGCGCUUGUCCAGCGCGUCGAGCAGUCCUCUGCUGUAGAUCUUUACGGGUUUUACUGCCACGCGGGUCACUCGUAUGCCUGCCGGACUGAAGAGAGCGCGGUAUCCGUACUGAAGGAGGAGGUAGAGGGGGUGGUUAGCGCAUCGAAGCACUUGAAUACGAAGCGCAAGGUUGUUGUAUCCAUUGGGUCGACCCCGACGGCGCAUGUUGUCAGCGAGCUGAGAGAGGUCUUGCCUGAGGGGCUGGAGUUGGAAUUGCAUGCUGGAAAUUAUCCCUGCAACGACCUCCAACAAGUUUCAACGGGCCUCGUUCCACCCACCGCACAAUCAGUCCGCGUCCUAACGGAAGUGUGUAGCGUCUAUCCCGAGCGCAACGAAGCUCUUGUCAACGCCGGCACAAUCGCACUCUCGAAAGAAACAAGCGAGUUCCCCGGCUACGGCCGCGUUAUUGAUCGUCCACAGUGGGCUGUCGUACGAACGAGCCAGGAACACGGAAUUCUAGGACUAUCACCGGCCCCGGCCUUAUCGCAUUUCGGUGUCAAUGAGGUCAAGGAUAGAAAGGCUGAGGAGACCUUCAAGGUUGGAGACAAGGUACUGCUUUACUGCCAGCAUGCUUGUAUUACUGCCGCCAACUUUCCGGUCUAUUAUGUUGUUGAUGAGGGCGACGUUGUUAGGGAGGCUUGGGUGCCUUGGAAGGGGUGGUGA